AUGCUCGCUCACAGAAAAGUGAUCAUACUGCUGCUCGCCACCGUGCUCGUUGAGCUCCUGUACCUGGCCGUUUCGGAAUACGCUUCGGACUGGGGCGCCCUGUGGGAAUUGACGCUGUCCCGCAGCCCACACGAUCCCAACGGGGGCCUGCCCCUGGGCACGUCGGCCGUCGCGCGCGGCCGGCUGUCGUCCGCGACGCUGGAGCUGAUCGCGGGCGUCGCGCGGCCCGCGGCCGCGCAGCUCGCGUCGUUCUACCAUCGCUGGAAGUUCUCCAACGCGCUGCACUACGUGCUGCCGUGCACCGCAGCGCAGACGCUGUUCGGGCGCCUGCGGCGCCCGAUCAGCUCGCUGGACGAGCUAUUCCCAGCCGGCGCGGGCGAAAGCUACGCGGCGGCCGAGGACGCUCCGCUGCGCACGUACGACUACGACCCGCGGCUGGUCACGGCCGUGUACUAUGACGCCCUCUCGGCCGAGAUCUCGGCCGGUACGGCCGUACCGGCUAUCGCGGUCCCCUUCAGCUGGUACGACUGGUCCGACCUGUCGCUGCUCAAUGGGCUGAUCGACCUCGAGCAGCGCGAGAAACCCGAAUGUGCGUUCUGCGUGCGCAAGUUCUUUCCUGCAGACGAGCUGCUGGAGUACGAGCGCAAAGUCGGGUACCGGCUGUUCGACCAAGACCGCGCGCGCGGGCUGGCCUCGGCGAGUUACGCGUCGUCGUCGGACGUGGCCGUCAAGGGCCCCGCUGUGCCCAUCGAGGAUUUCUGCAAGGAAGCCAAGGACAACGUGUUCAUGCCUGGGUUCGUGUCGCAUGACGUGCUGAACUUCUCGAGGCCCGAAGUGUACGGGCUGCAGGCCAAGACGUUGCUGUACGCGACGGCGCCGCUGCCCUACUCGCUGACGUUCCUGAACCGCAACGGGUCGUCGAUCCAGGUGCGCGUGGCCAACGAGUCGCCGCUGCGCGACGGCGUGCCGCAGCACAUCUUGUUCAACGGGCUGCUGGAGCAGUACUUGCGUCGUAACGUCGCGUCGUAUCCCAAGCACCCGGACCGCGAGAUCGUGUUCGACAACGUGGCCAAGUUCGAGGAGCUGAAACGGGCCGCGGUGUCGGCCGAGAGCGGCGAUAGCGGCGAUAGCGGCGCGGAGCCCGCGGCCAUGCCCUACUACCUGGUCCUCGACCCGGCAGACUUCGAGUUCGACGCGCCCGCCAAGAUCCGCGAGCUCGAGGCCGCAGAGGCGCUCUCCACCCACCAGCAACGCUACCUGGAGUCCCUGCGCGUGUCGCUCAAUUCGCACCCGGUCGACCUGCCCAAGUUCUUCCGCGAGGCCUCGCACGUGGGCGACUACGUCCACAUGGGCCACCACUUCGACGCCCGCUUCUUCCACGGCGCCCCCAGCAAGCCCGCCAUGCGUGCGCGUCUCGACGCCAUAGUCCGGGCCUACCUCUCGUUCGUGCACUCGAACGGGCUGCAGUCGUGGAUCUCGCACGGCACUAUGUACGGCUGGCUCUACGACGGCAUCGCGUUUCCCUGGGACGGCGACCACGACGUCCAAAUGCCCAUCGUGCAUCUCAACAAGCUCGCCGAGCUGUACAACCAGACCGUGGUCGUGGAGGACCCCUCCGUCGGCAACGGCCGCUACUUCCUCGACGUGACCAGCUCCAUCACCAGCCGUAUCCACGGCAACGGCAACAACAACAUCGACGCCCGCUUCAUCGACGUGGACUCCGGGCUCUACAUCGACAUCACAGGGCUCUCGGUCUCUUCGGACGGCGCCCACUCGAGGUACAACACCCUGAUCAGCGAAUACGAGCGAGACAGAAACAAGAACGGCUCCUCGCUCUACUACCUAGAUCCCAACCGCGUCGAGGGUGUCAACGAUCUGACCGUGGACCAACUCAUCCAGCGCGAAAAGGAGCGCGGCACCCUCACCAAAGAGCGUGAAAAGCAGCUCAAAGACUACAAAGACACUGUCGAUCGGGUCCAGCAUGAUUUCAAGUCCAAGUCGCCCAGUGAUCGUUACAACUAUAACAAGCACAUCCAGGUGUUCAACUGUAGGAACAACCACUUCAACGUUAUCAGUGAGCUAUCGCCGCUGCGUUUGACCUAUUUCCACGGCGCGAAGGCCUACGUCCCCAACCAAGUCAUCAAACUCCUGCGCCAGGAGUACGCGCUUCCUCCGGGCUACACCUACAUAAAGUAUUCUCCCAGAGAAUUCUUGCCUGAGGCGCGUGUCUGGUUAGAAGAGUCUGUCGUCAAAAAAAUCGCAGCAGGCGGGCCUAUCCAGAACGGUACUGCGCCCAAGAUCGAUCUGGAUCACAUGUCCAAGUUGACAACCUCUGAGUUCCGCGAUUUCCUAAAUAACGCGGCCACCGUCAUUGAUCCAGACGUGGAGACUGCCUUCACCUACCUUGUUAAUACAUUUGAAAUUUCAAUGUUCCGCAAAAAGGAACUAGAACUUAUCUACGACGAGUCUUUGUCUGACAAUGAAAAGGUCGAACUCUUGGACGAGCUCAUCAGAGGAAGGUUUUUUGUGGGCGCCUACAAAGACAUCUUCCAAAAUAGGCUGGAAACAAACAUUUGGAACAACCUCUUAGAACGAACCCCAUCAUCUUAUAAAGAUGUCUUGGCUGAGUUGGAAAAACUCCACUUGAAGAAGGCCAGAGAACUGUUGCACCUCGACGAGCUAGAGGCCCGGAACUCGUACGAUUGGGAUAGAAGAGCAGGCUAUCAGCAUCCACCUAGUGGAAUCGACUUCAAUACGAAGGGCCGUAAGUUUUACACAUUCGGCCAAGAAGCGAAAAAUGAGAUUUUUAGUCAUGAUCCGAAGGGCAGUGAAAAACUGCACGCUUCUUUGACGCAGCGUAAGGACUAG